UCUUCUUCUUCGUCUCUCUCGACGAAUCACGGGACGCCAGCAGCCGAUCGAGCCCCGGCCAACCACGGCAGCGCCAGCGAGCCGAGGUGAGAAGUGCAGGAGCAGGGCGCGAAUUCUACCCAGAAAGCCGAAGGCUACGAGCAGAAAAACAAGCGGGUCUCGAUGGCAGAGGGGUCGAAGCCGGACGUCCCGCUGUUCCAGCUCCUCACCGACCUUCUCCAGCAGGUGGAGUCAAUGAGCAACCAGGAAGAAGUAGAGUUGCGUGCUAAGAUCGAAGCAUUAGGAUUAGAAGUCACCAAGGUACCAGAGCAGGCACCUAAGCAUCUUGACGAGCUCGAAAUAGCUGCAGAGCUGGACAAACUAUCAUCACGGCUUGAUAACGUGGACAAGAUGAUAUCAUCUGCCAUGGCCUCAGAUCCAGAGGUGAAAUCUCUUCUUAGCAGCACUGCUGAUAUCUGGAUGCCAGUCAUUACUGCAUCUGCCGAUGAGAGACGGGGGUUUGCAGGGACAAGCAGUGAAGGCAGCCAGGACGAGGAGGAGAGUUCCAAGCAAUAGCUGGCAUAUAUGGGCUGUAAUUAUUUCAUUUUGUGGGAUCGUAUCAACCUGGUAUAUGUUCAUUCAAACCAGUGUUUUCAUCAGGGUCAUGUAUCAAAAGUUUUUUUUGACGAAAUAAACAAUAAACCCACAUAUGUCAUGUACAAUAAUUCAAUAAUGAGUGUAAUGAUCUAAAUUGUGAACCCUUCAGUUGGCCUCAAUGUAACACUGAUCAGUUUUUUCAGUUGUCA